AUGUCCUCACUACGCCAGCUCCGUGGUCUACGCCGGCGACAGCGCGGCAAUAGUGGUCAAUCUAAACCUCCCACUAUAACACCUCCCACCCCAGAACUCAUUGCUUCCUUCAUCUCAAACCACAACACCCAGGAACACUCUCCCCUCUUCAACCAAAUUCCCCCAGAAAUUCGUAACACUAUCUUCCUCUACGCUCUUCUAAGCUAUGAAGAUCUCUCCACUGUCUACCCUGAGGACGAACAUUAUUCCCGCCCAGACUACCGACAUACCUCCCGAAUCGAUCCCCGUAUAUUGCAGACCUGCCGUCUGAUCUACCUCGAGAGCCGUUUCCUGCCGGUCAUGGCAACCGAGCACGUAUUUUGGUGCCAUCGCGCUCCUCCAGGGAUUACCUAUGCAAGCAAUCCACUAGAAUACUUCGCGCGCUUCACCGAAGAGCAGAAGAAUCGCGUCGAUCGUGUACAUUUCUUCACGCAACAAUAUUAUUUGGAGGGAGACUUUCCAGAAAUAUGCAAGUUACCUUCCAUGAGACCAAGAUCUUUGAAGAUCACGCUCAGACACGGUGAUUGGUGGUGGUGGGAGGACAACCACCCGUUGCAUUUGAACGAUGUAUGGUCGACAGGGUCGGAUUAUUCGACGAGACUUGAAGAAGUGAUUUUGGAAUUGGAAACGAUGGAGAGGGACAAGGAGCAAAUCUACGCCAUCGCUGAACGAAUCAAGAAGUAUACCCACACGCUUAACAACGGGAAAACCCUCAGCACUGCUGGCAAUCCGAUUGUUAAGAAAGAAUGGAUGGGUCCCAGUAGGCUUUCUGAUCUUUAUUACGACAAAGCCAGGGAUAAGUGGACAGAACGAGAUCUGGAGGCCGAACAAGGUGUCCCAGAUCCGGGUAUGAAGUAUUGCAUUGUUGUCAUUAGGUGGACGAUAUGCCCCGAGGAGGAAGAAUAA